AUGUCAGUAAACUACGCAGAAAAUCUAUCUCAUUAUCCAAACAAGGGUAAAUGUGGCCAAGCCGAGAUAUUUGAUUCCACUGAAGUACUACAAAGUAAAAUUAAACAACUGGCAGAAAUGAUUAAAGCCAGCAAGUAUAUUGUAGUACAUACUGGUGCAGGUAUCAGCACCAGUGCUGGAAUACCCGAUUUUAGGGGCCCUCGAGGCGUAUGGACAUUAGAGGAAAAAGGCAAAAAACCGGAAAUAAAUAUUACAUUCGAAACUGCUCAACCUACUUUAACACAUAUGGCAGUAGUCGAACUAGCCAGAGCUGGCAUUGUGAAAUAUGUAAUUAGUCAGAACGUUGACGGUUUACAUUGGAAAUCUGGCCUCCCAAGAAACAAAGUAUCGGAACUCCAUGGAAACAUGUUUGUUGAUAGAUGUGAUAGAUGUUAUCAAGAAUACUGUCAUGCUCAUGCCUCAGUUACCGUUGGAUGUAAGAAGACAGGCACAAGAUGCACUCGUAACGAUCGAUGCAGAGGCUAUAUAAGAGAUACAAUAUUAGAUUGGGAAGAUUCUCUUCCAGAAAAAGACCUACUCUCAGCUGAAGAUCAUCUAAGGCGAUCUGAUUUAUCUUUGUGUUUGGGUACUUCACUCCAAAUUAAACCGAGUGGAGACUUGCCUCUGCUAACGUUAAAGAACAACGGGUGCAUAGCGAUUUGUAAUCUACAACCGACAAAAUUGGACAAAAAAGCGUCAUUAUGUAUCCAUGGCUAUGUUGAUCAAGUGAUGAUCGGUGUUAUGGACGAAUUGGGUUUACCGAUACCAAAGUAUUCACCAAUGAUAACAGAAAAUCUAUUAAAAAGGAAAUUCGAUUGUAUCAAGGAAGAGAGGCUCGUGGAUGGAGAACCUGAUAAUAAAAAAGCUCUCACCAAUCACAAGCGUCCGUCCGGAUGCUAA